AAUGAAACAGCGGACAGAUUUGAACGAGAUUUGAAUGUGACAUUGGUCACUUCUCAACGUUUAAGUACGUCAAUGCUACAAGAUAGUAUUUGAAGUUUAUGAACUAUUUGCACUGAAUGGAGACGACUCUCGGUUCCGUCCGGGUUAGUUCACACGCUGGAAGCUGGUAUACUGCAGACAGAACAGAGUUGUCAUCACAGUUAAACACUUGGUUGGAAAGUUGUGAAAAGAACGUCUCAAAUGCAAAUUCAGUCCGGGCAAUCAUAGUACCUCAUGCAGGUUACCGAUAUUCUGGUUUAUGUGCGGCCCACGCAUACCGUCUAAUAAAUCCUGACAAAAUAGAAUGUGUUUUUAUCAUAGGUCCUUCACAUCGUUUAGAUAUUGGGAAUACAUGUGCUCUGACUUCUGUAUCUGAAUAUGAAACUCCGUUUUAUAACUUAAAGAUUAAUACCAAUGUAUACAACAGCCUUAAAAAGUUCAACUGCUUCAGCGUUCUCGAAAAGAGUCAGGACGAAGCUGAACAUUCUGUAGAAAUGCAGUUACCGUAUAUUGCUCACAUCAUGAAACGUAGAAAAGAUCAGUACUCCAUAGUCCCCAUAGUUGUCGGUUGCUUAUCAUUCGAAAAACAAGAAUUCUUCGGGAACCUCCUAUCGAGCUAUAUGCUAGAUGAGAAGAAUCUCUUUGUGAUAUCUUCUGAUUUCUGUCAUUGGGGGAAACGAUUUCGAUAUCAGUAUUACAAUAAAUCCGAUGGUGCAAUAUGGCAGUCUAUUGAGAAACUCGAUCACCUUGGUUUAAAUGCGAUUCGAAGCCUGAAACCGAAAUCAUUCAUAAAAUAUCUUGAAGAGUACAGGAACACUAUAUGUGGCAGGAGAAGUAUAGGCGUGCUGUUAUUUAUGAUUGACUGUAUUCAACAGAAGCAACCGUUUAACCUGGAACUUAAAAUCCUAAACUAUACACAAUCCAACCGCUGCCAGUCAAUGGAAGAUUCAUCAGUGAGUUACACUGCAUGUGCUCUAGUCAGCCGUGAGUAAAUAUAUAAGAGAAUCCGUAAGAAAAAAGUGUUAUGUAUUGAAGUAAAAUUAACAAUCCCUAAAGUUGUGAUUUUCACUUUAAUGUAAACAUCGAUACACAUAUUAUAAUAUGCAAGAAAAGUUACUUAUAUCAAGAUAUUUGUAGCACACCAGCUGCAUAACUGACAGAUGAUUGGUUCAUAUUA